AUGGCACAAUCUUUGUUAUUCACAGUGAAGAGAUGUGCCCCUGAAUUUGUCACUCCAUCGAAACCCACACCUCAUGAAAUAAAAUUACUCUCAGACAUUGAUGACAAUCAUUCGUUACGUUUUCAUAUUCCUGGUAUACAAUUUUACAAGUACGAUCCUAUAAUGAAAGGAAAAGACCCUGUUGAUGUAAUUAGAAAAGCACUAGCAAAAACGCUGGUGUAUUAUUAUCCAUUUGCAGGUAGAUUGAGAGAGGGUGAUGGUAGGAAACUUAUGGUUGAUUGUACUGGAGAAGGUGUUUUGUUCAUAGAAGCCGAUGCUGAUGUUACUCUAAAAGAUUUCGGUGAUAAUCUUCUUCCUCCAUUUCCAUUUUUGGAUGAAGUUCUUUACGAUGUUCCUGGUUCUUCAAACGUGCUUAACGCUCCAUUGAUGCUUAUUCAGGUAACACGCCUCAAGUGUGGUGGUUUCAUAUUUGCUAUUCGUAUAAACCAUACAAUGAGUGAUGCAACAGGUAUAGUUCAAUUCAUGAAUGCCUUAGCAGAAAUAUGUCGUGGAAUGAAUGAACCUUCAAUCUCACCGGUGUGGUGCAGAGAACUUCUAAGCGCAAGGAACCCACCAAGAGUUACAUGUAUUCAUCCUGAACUCGAACAAGCACCUGAUAACAAGGAAGCCAUCAUAUCUUUAGACAACUUGGUUAAACGCACAUUUUUCUUUGGUUCGGUCGAGGUAGCCAAAAUUCACUCUCUCCUUCCAACCAACAUGGUACACCAGUACACCAAAUAUGAAAUCAUCACCGCAUUUGUUUGGCGAUGUCGCACAAUAGCCUUACAACCAGAUUCAGACGAAGAAGUUCGUAUGAUGACCGUAGUCAAUGCACGUAGGACAUCGUUUAAUCUACAACUACCAAAUGGUUACUACGGUAAUGUUGUUGUGAAUCCUGUAGCAGUGACAUCCGCAAGAAAAUUAAUUGAAAAUCCAUUGGAGUAUGCAUUGAAUUUAAUAAAGAAAUCAAAUGCUAAUGUCACCAAAGAGUAUAUCCAUUCAUUGGUGGAUUUAAUGGUUAUCAAGGGUCGACAUAGUUUUUCCACGAGGGGAUUGUUUAUAGUGUCCAACGUUACACAUGUUGGACUUAAUGAUGUGGAUUAUGGUUGGGGGAAAGCUGUUUAUGGUGGACCAGCUAACGAUAGUUCUGUUCCUGGCAUUGCUACCUAUUACUUACCUUUUCAAAAUGAGAAGGGAGAGAAAGGUAUGGUUAUACCGCUUCGUUUGCCAGCUCAAGCCAUGGAGAGGUUCGUUAAGGAGCUUGAUAGUGUGCUUAAGGGAAACAAUAACCAUCCUACUAAGGAUGAUCCAACAUCUUCAAUCAUCGAAUCAUUGUUGUAG